UUUUUAUAUAGUUACAGAGUUCAAAGCUAAUAGUAAUUAUAUCUAAAAACAAUAUUUGGAAGCAGAACUCCAGUUCUCACGAGCGUGAGUUCUCCCGUUCGUCUCAUGAGUGCCAGAACUUAUCCAAGUCCCUACGUGGAGUCUGACGAUAUCUUGGGACCAAUAAACGACGCAAACGGAAGGACGGCGAGCGCCAAGACUUACAGUAGCGUGAGGAAGGUGAUGGGAAGUGACGCUGAGUACAACAACAUGGAUCGCGACCCUAACAAUCUCAACCACCACCUCCAGGUGAUGUGGGACGAUGUAGUUGGUGAGCCCGAAGGACUCCACUCAAUGGACUCCUGCUGGAACUGCUCGCGCAAAACCUACGACGUGUCACGAACUUGUUGCUACGGUCUCCUUGUCAUCCUCUUCGGACCGCUCAUCGCGCUCAUCAACGGCUGCAACUUUGCCUGCCUGUCCUUCGGCCAAAUUUGGUGCGCUGGACCUUGUCUUCGGUGCUGUAAAAUCAACUGCGGCACAUUUAGAAAGUUCACAGAGACUUGCCUGCUCGCCGUAUGCGCGCCCUACGUCGAGGUCUGCGCUCUCAUCUUCUCGAAGAUCAAAGUCAGGCACCAGAAGCUGCCUGAAGCCGACACCGACAACGCUGCGGACUACUUCAAUGUUUAGUAAUGCAUUGCAUUCGGAAUGAUCGCCGGCGACCAAAAGACAAAAUUAGUUUACUAAAGAGCAGAGUAAUUUGCUCUACAUCUUUCUGCGUUUCAUGAAAUAUUUUUUUCUAUUGAUUUUAUCAUUAAUGCAACAUGUGAGCAAACUUUUAUCAUGUGAGCAAAUUUUAUUCAUUUUUAUCAUUAAUGCAACAUGUGAGCUGAAGCAUUUUAAGGAUUUAAAUACAUUUUAAUUUCUUAUCCAAAUGAAAUAAAGAAUUUUGUAGCGCAAGUAAAUGUAAAUGAAAUUCAGAAUGUAAUCACACCUGAGUUUUAACUCCAAAACGCAAUAAUAAUUGCAAUUACGAUAUUAUAAUUAUAUUUAUUUAACAGUUAAAUUACUAUUUCCCAGCCAGCCUGGUUAUUUUUUUAAAUUUAUUUAAUUUAUAUUUAAGAGGGUUCAGAACACAAUUUUUUAAUUUAUUUGCAGAACACCCGCUACGUAACUCAUAUCUCUAAUUAAGUGAACUAAAACCAUUCAAAUACAUUUUUUUUCCACGAUCAAAAAUGCACAAGAGUUUGUAGAGUGCCUUCAAGUGAUGAAUCACGAUCCGUCCAAUGAAAUCAUUGGCCGUUUUGGUGGUCAUUAAUUUUUUAUGUCAUAACAACUUUCAAUAUCAUAUCAUCUGCAAGAAUUUUUUGUCAUAUAGUAACCAAUAUGAUAAAAAGUGAGUAAGUGGCGAAUUUUCAAUAAAAAUUCUUGCGUGUUGAAGCGUGAAAAAAUCCGAUAUCUAAAUUUCGAUUGUAAAAUGAUGUUCGAGAAUCAAGCGAACAGGAGACUUAAAUCUAUAAAAAUAUAACUCAGUACUCACUGCAGUGAGUGACAGAGAG